AUGGUAGUGAUAAUGCGUUAAAUAAGUUAAAUGAUAUUCAAUCUCAACUUAUUCCCCAAAAACAAGCAAAAGAUCCUAAGGGAUUAACUAUACUCUUUGACAUUAUUGGGGUAGUAAUUACAUUACCUUUAGUACAACUUGGACCGAUGGCUGUUGAAGCCUUUGCUAUUGAAGCUACAGAAGAAGUUGAGGUUGCAGCAGUUGCAGAAUUAGAAAGUGCUUCUGCUGAAGUAUCCAGUGAAGUAAGUCAAGUCGAUAACAUAGAUGACUAUUUCGAACUUGCCCGUGAAACUAGAGGAAGAGGUGUAGAUGCACUCGAUAGAGGAGAUGUUCAAACUGCUAUACAUCAAAUGGAAAAAUCAAGAAAAUAUGUAGAUGAGAUUGAAUCUUAUAUAGUUGAGAACCAUCUUCCUGAGAUAAAAAAAUAUAUGCAGCAACUUUAUUUAUUUGCAGAUGAUAUUGAAGAGCUUAAUGCACGAAUAAUACAAGAUUUUAUCAAGGGGGAGAAAAGCCUAUUAGAGCAACUUUCAAAUCCUACUAUGAGACCCACAACAUUAUCGGAAGAUAAUUUUUUCACUGCGCUUGAUAGAAGAGGACUGAUCCCAGGUAUGCGAGGUCAACCUUCAGUAAGUAGACCAUCGAUACGAUCUCCCGAGAUACAGGAAAUGUGGAGCUUAGGUGGUAAUGUUCCAAAACCUCAAAAUAAAAAAAGGGAUGGCUCAAAUAGUGAUUUAGGAGGAGUGAUUAGUCUAGAAAAUUUAUAUAUAGAAGAAGUUUUGUAUGAUAUCUCAAAAAAUUUAAAUCAAUCAGCAACGAAUUCUGACGAGUUUAUAAAACAAAUUAACGAUUUAGUAGCUUUAGUUAACACGGAAUUCAAAAAUAAAAUAGCUACUCAGCUUAGUGGAAGUGAUAUUACUGUCUUGAAUAAUUUUAAUAGUCCUAAGUUAAAUAAUGCUGGUGAUUUUGGCAGAUCUUUAGCUGCAACACAUGUAGAAAGUUUUAUUACAGCAAAUAUAAUAAGUUCUAUUAUGACAUCAUAUGGUGCAGCUAUAUGUACUAAUGAUGUUCAAAAAGUAUGUUUAAGGACACCAUGUCAUUGUAAUAAGCCUAUUGGUGAUGGAAAUUGUAUAAUUGCAGGUGGAUUUGGACCUAAUAAUGAUUUUUCAUAUUUAGGAUACAAAGAUGAUCAUAUAGCUUUAAUUUCAAAAUGGAGAAAAGUAUCUGAUAUUUGUCAAAAUGUUAAUGGUUGGAAGUUUGUACAUGAUAAAUGUUGGGGGAGAAGACCAGAGUAUUGUGAUCAAUGUGGAUCUUCUCAUACCUGUAAUAAGAGAUCCCUUCAGCAAUAUUUAAGUUGUACCUGCGGGUAA